CGUGCCAUACCGAUCGAGAUUUUUAGUUGAAAUAACGUGGAAGACAGUGUUUGAAUAAACACUUGAAACGAAAUUUGGCUCUUGUCAAAUUUCAUCUGAUCCAAGAUAUCUUGGGUCGACUAAAGUGGUACUGGCCAAAGCGUCUUCUUGCCGCUUACUGGCCAACAUCUCUGAUGAUGCCAAACACGGUAAAUAUUGAACGCCAUAAACUUAAUCAAGCAAUGUAUCAAAAGUUGAAGCGAUACAUCAUGAGCAAGCGCAGGCGGGAGUUGGAGGAAAAGGCUCAAGAUGCCCAUUUCAAAAGGCUGAGAAAAGAGCGUGAAGAACGACGUAGACAAGCCGAAGUGGAUGCUGAGAAUCUUGAAGAGACACGUGGUGAGCUUUCCGCUACCCGGAAGAAGAUUAGAGAGCUAACUGCUCGUAGGAAUGAACUGUUUCAACGCUGGAAGCAGCUGCGGAGCGAAGAAUCCACCUUGAAGGAAAAGCGCAAAAACGAGGCGUCAGCAAUUUUGGCGAAUAUACCUUCCACUCAGUUUGGGAUAAAUCCCGGUGCUGUCGGAAACCCGAAUAGAAGCAUGACAGCCACAAAUCCGCCGCUUUCUAACACUACAACUCAUGUUCAGUCAUCCCAACCUGCGCAUAUGCAACCCGGCAAAACGUUUACCAUCGGUCCGAACGCCAUUGCACCGUGUCUCACUCUUCCACCGCAGCAACACGGGCAUUCCCAUCUAUCCAAUUCAACUGCUUCACAAGACAUCACAUCUACACUUCGAGGUUUGCAGAAUGUUGCUUACACAACAUCCGUGUCUAAGUCUUCUCAACUACCCCUCACAUCCCCUUCCACCUUGGGAACGGGCCUCUUGCAGGUUCCUUGCACCAGCAUAUCCACAAGCCACGCAGCCGCAAUGGCUGCAGUUGUAGCUGCAUUGACUGCUCAACCUCGCACAGGAAACUCAACGGAUUCUGUUUUUUCAACCACGGCCGCAGCUGCUGCUUAUCUCAAUGCAAUUGCAUCACUGACUUCAAAUUCUGCAACCUCCGUACCGUUGUUUGCCAGCAAUCCCAUGGGAAUUCUCACUCCCAAUUCGGUUACCUUUUCCGAUACGGUCGACGCGCUAACUGCAUCGGGUCUGUGCUCAUUAUCCGUUCCAAAUAACGUUCCCACAUCGACGUAUGCCAGCGCCACGGGAGCCAUUUCGAGAGCACAGAAUGCCUCCAUAGGACAUCGAAGUUCCCCACUCCUAACUCCGCUGGAUGGAUCAAUUUUUAAAGAUGGUGAUUUUCGGUCGGUUCAGGCUGCUGCUGCUGCUGUAGUCGCUGCAUUUGCUCAACAGUCUGCUGCACUCUCGAAAAGCUUUCCCGUUAACCAGCGACAUUCCAUAUCUGGUACGGAACGUGAGGCCAUUGCGAUGGACCCGUCUGCUACGUGUUUGGCACAAAUAGGUGCUGCUUUAGGAGUAACGUCGGGCCCGCUUCACCCACAGAAGUCUCAACCAUCCCCUCAAUUGAUGUGUUCGCUAAAUGUGGUCAACCCUAUGUUAGCUAACUUUGGCGGAGUUCUACCUUUGGAUACCUCUGUCGGUGCGGUUGUCUCAACUUCAACAACGACAGCAGUUACUACUGUAUCCGGCCCAUCUUUACCUCCCGCACCCAUUAGUUAUCGAGGGAGCAUCACUACUGGCCAGUCUGCACAACAGAUUCAAUUGCAGCAACAUCAAAAGCAGCAGCAGCAGCAUCACAUAAUGACCAAGUAUCAGCCACCGUCAGAAUUCGCGACAACCAGGGGCACUUCACAACAAGCUGACGUUAUUUCGCUGUUGGAUACUUGGAAGUGGAAUCUGAAGGACACCACGCAGUGGACUUAAAAAGUGCUCCUCAAUGGAGGACGACUGAGCGGAUUGAAGGAGCGGAAAAGCCAGACACUUAGCUCGAGGCAUUUUUGCAUCAGAUCUGAGCCAUUGUGGGGAACCUCUUUUUCCUCCAUGCGCAAAUCGCCUUCGUGACUAACACUUAAUUGAUCCUACGUGGCCACUCAUUGAAGACUCGCUACGAGUGACUGGAGGUGUCAAUGCUGCGCUGCACGUAAUGCUCUGCUGUGAACACAGCCGUUCACUCACCGACAUCCUACCUCGUUUUUCCGGACUAUUUUCACAGAGCUUUUUUGGUCACUUGUAAGCAUGCUACCCCGGCUUCCGCUCAGAUUACCAACAGGUCAUCCACAUUAAACCAUGGCCGUCCUGGUGAUGUAGCCGCAUUCAUGUCUUCUAUCGGGGUCACGAAUUCGUCAUCUACUCUUCUGAACGCAGACGCACUCUAUUCUGCCAUUUCUUCUGCUACCAUUUCCGGUGCCAACUCGCUCUCCUCGUCCACUUCUCCUCUCGCUCUAACUGCAGUUCUAGCAGCACCUUACGCCGGGGAGCCAAAUCAUUUCAACUACUUGACGACAGCCACCCUCGCUGCUGCCUUUCAGCAACAGCAUCACCAUCAGCAACAACAGAUGCAAAAGUUGGGCAUCCAACCCGGUAACUUCUCCCCUCUUCCUCGUACCAGCCAGGCUAGCGCCAAUUCCUCAGCAUCAAACACACCUACUGUGAACUCUUCGGGUCCUCGCCACUUCUUCUAACCGUUUUCGAAUGUCCUGUCUACUUCACAUCGCAUUCUCCAUUUUUCAACCUCAUAUACCGUUGUUUGGGCUUAUACGGAUUUUAUCCCCUGUCUAACAAGGAACCAUGGGUGAGAAUUUGAUGGAGAGAGAGAAUGAGAGAAAAUGAUGCUAUUUACGGGAUUUGUUAUACAGCUCGGAGCAAUAUGAAAGAUGCAUUAGUUUGACUCUAGAUUUUUGGUGA